AUGCGUAUCUGCCCUCCAGUAUUUGUCGGUUCAAACCCACCAAAUCGCAAACAACUCGAAGAAGUUCUCAUUGUUCGAAAACAAAGAGUAGCGGCUGCACUAAAUUGGCUAAGGCAGAACAACUCCUUGUAUCAGCACGUAGAUAUUGAUAUGAACAAGAUCAACGAGUUACCACAAAGCGAUAUUUCAGCCGCGAUAUGGGAGAUGAUGGACAUUCAAAGUAGCCCUGAUACACGACGAUCUGGUUAUGUCAACGACCCGUUAGCGACAGACCAAACUCCACUUGAGCAAAAUGAUUCGAUCCCACUAGUAACAAGUGGAGUAGUUGAUAUCAACGGAACUAAUGUAACUCCGGAAGAUGUGAAGGAAUACAUAAUGAAGAACAUGUUCAAAGAAGACAAGAUCACAUUUCUCCCAACAUCGAACCCAAAAAAAUACGUCAUACCACGCUCAUCAAAACCGACUAAUGAGUAUUUCAAUCCAAAUCUAUUACUGGGCUUGUUCCCUACAUUGUUCCCGUACGGAUGUGGUGCCAUUGAAGAUCUCAGCCGACCCAUUAAAGUUGCAUUCAGAAAACACAUUCAUGACCCACGUAUCAAUACUCUGUUGAAAGGAAUCAAAACCGUUGGUGGACAUGUACAUGGAUCCUGCCAGUCUCGUGCUGCACUUAGAACGCAAAUUCAUGCACUGAUAUACAAGAAAGGACUACCAAGCAUAUUUAUGACAGUGAAUCCGGCCGAUACGUAUCAUCCACUAGCCAUGUAUUUCGCCGGUGUUAAUAUGGAUCUUGACAAGUUAGUCGCUGAUGAUUAUCCUACUGCAUACCAACGAGCAGAAAAGGUGGCGCGCCAUCCAGUGGCAAUGGCAAAAUUUUUCAAUGUUAUUAUCACAAAUUUACUUGAAACAAUAAUCGGUGGCGGCGUCUUGGGUCCAGUAAAAGCACACUUUGGGACAGUCGAAAGUCAAGAACGCGGAACUCUGCAUUUCCAUGUACUCAUCUGGUUGAAACAUGACUUAACACCGGCACAAAUGACAGAAAAUAUUCAGAAUGAAGAAUUUAGGACAAAUUUGAUCGAAUAUCUGGAAGAUAUAAUCAAAGAAGAUGUGGAUAAUUUCAGAGCGACUAGCAGAAACGAAGAUAGUUCAGAGGGUGAAUAUGAAACUUCGAUGGAGACGGACGAUGAAGUACAAACGGGCUGCAGAACUCCACCAGCAGUUCAAUAUGACUGGAAUAGCUGUUAUAUUCCGCUGACACCAGUUGAUUUAUCAAAGUAUGGUUUGAGCACGCCGCGAACGUCAACAGUGGAAGAUGCAAAAGCUCUUGUGUAUUACAUUACCGAUUAUAUCACGAAAUCAAGUUUAUCGUUCUACGACACGCUGCAUCUCAUACAAAAAGGUGCGAAAUCGUUAAAGACAAACAUACCGAAUGGCGUUAUUGAACAAGCUUAUCGAUUAAUUCUACGUUGUUAUAACACUAUUGGAUCGCAGUGCGCAUUAUCGGGUGCUCAAGUGGCGUCCUAUUUGAUGAACUGGCCUGAUCAUUAUACAGGAGACAAGUUUGAAAAUUUAUUUCUUAUUGGUAUUGAACGUUAUUUACAAAGUUGUUUGGAUCAUAACAGAGAGAAAGAAAUGCAUGUUUCGGGCUCACCAUUUGAAAUUCACGAAAUGGAUAAAGAACGAGGGACUGACAGCAUUGAUUACGAAGAGAACAAAAAUGAAGAAGGUUUCUUGGUGCAGAAGUCCACUAAUGACAAUUAUGUAUUGGUAAACACGCGCAUCGAUUAUGAAUGUCGACCAACCGAAAUGGAAACGGACUGUCUAUACGCGUUUGUGAACAAAUAUCAGAAGAACAGAAAGUGUAAAACUGAAAAAGAAUUCGACAGUCAAACGGCAACACAAGUUAAUUUGUGA